AUGCCCUCUCCUCACACCCCUCGUCGAACCCCCAACCGUGGGAGCGCGAAACAGAGCCCGACCAAGCCCCUCGAUCUCGGUGAAUCCCUGGGGCCUCAUGAUACCGCUACGGUGCGAGAGAAGGUCCGCAAGUGGCAGCAGCUCGGUGGAGGCGUGGUGAUCGCGCCAGAUGUCGGUGCCAGCAGCGAUGAGGGCGAGAAGGGCUCUCCCGGGUCGAAGCUGAAGGAGUCGAAGCAGGCCACGAACAAGAGCCCGGCGAGCAAGAGACCGCGCACGCCAAAGGGCAAGUCGUCGCCAGAGCCUGAGAAGAAGCCGGUACGAAGUCCUACAAAGACCAAGACUACGCCGAAGAAGUCGCCUAGAACUACACCCAGGACUACGCCCAGAAACACGCCCAAGAAACGAGUCGUCAGUGAUGCACACUGGAGGAGGAACAGGUCGCCUCCCAGCGCCAGUGCUCCCUCGUCUGCGCACCCUACGCCGACCAAACGUACGGACGUGCUGAAUAAAUAUGAACAGGCAAAGGAGAAGGCCGCCAGGACGUCGGCUAUCAAGGAUAGUGAUGGGAUUGCAGUCUAUCCAGGGCCACUGCGAGUGCCCGAGCCUCUCAAAGCAGCUUCAUCUGCGUGGAGUUCAGAUCUGGGCUCAUCAGCUGGCGAGGGAACGGCUGAUCCUAGUGUUAGGGAAAAGACAGCGGCGCAGCAUCGUACGCCAAAGAGGACGCUGAAGCCGAAUUACUGUGUCAACGAGGACAGCCAUCGAACUGCCUCGCCCAGGAAGAAAGUCCAGUCUCCAGAGUUUGUUUCUCGAGCGAGUACGCCUCGAAAGAAACCACCGUCUCCAGAGCAGGUAGACUCCCCUCCUGAACCUGCUCCUGUACGAGCUGAACCUGUGAGAAGAAGCGAUAUCAGGACACGAAAUCUUCUGUCAGGCAAGACGAACAUCAUCUCCCAGGUCAUAGACGAGUCCAAGAAGAUGUUCUCCAUGAAACCACCUGAGCCAUCUCCGCCAGUGCAGCCACCUCAGGAACAGGCAACUCACGGAUCCAAGGUGGAAGCCUGGCUCUCAUCCACGGCCGACCCGUUUGUCGAAGACAAUGAUGAGUCUACGGUCAGUAUGCCAGCACCUCUCAAAUCUUCGUCCACUCGCAAGGACAAGGACCAUACGGACGACGAGCAUAGCAACGAAGAUACCAAGAAACGAAGGUCUCUCAAUACAAGUUCCAAUGACAAAAAGCACGAGAGCAAACCAGCCAAGGGAAGAUACGACUAUUCUGAUGGAAGCGAGAGCGAGAGCAAUGAGACGCACAAGCUGAAAUCCACCUCUCAUGCGCGAGAGUCCAAGUCAGACUUGUCAUUUGAAAGCGCCAGUGAAUCCCAACCCUCUACGCUAAAGCGAGGGAAAGCUACAAAGUCACGGUCCCGGUUGAGUGCUUCUGCAGAAGCGGAGAGGAUGUCCAUGCUAAGAGAGUCAGUCGAAGAAGCGCUUCAGGGCUCUAGUCUCGACCGGCCAACUUCUUCUGACGGAUCAGAAGUCUCAGCUGUCGACCGUCCACCUCCUUUGAUGCUAAAGAGGCCAUUCCCGAGCACUGGUGUCCAUAGGCUGUCUACCAUCGCAUCGAUGGACACUUUAACAUCAAGUACAAACCCGGAUAACACCAAGGAGCAGCUGAAACCCAUCUCGCAGUCUGAACUAUCCCAGAACGAAGACGACGCCGUGUCCGAGUCCGAGAAGAGAGACACAUUCGAUCCCCAGUCCUUGCCUGGUCCAGUUCAACCUCUGAAGCGCAGAUUAACCAAACACGCGGAUUUGAUGUCUGUCCUAUCAAUCCCCGGAGCCGGCAGCCGGAGCAUACGGUCUGCAAGGAGCAUCCGUACAAAUAGGAGUCGUCUGGCUACCGCAACUGUAAGCGAUAUCAUGCGAGAGCUAGCGUCAGAUGAAGUGAAGUAUAUGCGUGAAUUGAGGACACUCGUCGGCGGCGUUAUUCCCGUGCUAUUGACUUCAAUUCUCUCAAAGACGGACUCAGCCAUCGCUGCUGGCUUGUUUCGACGCUCGGCCAACCCAAGUGACCAGGAAAAUUUCACCCGGCCCAUUGUAAACAUGGGUGUCUCCUUAGAGAAGCUAAAGGGCCUUCACAAACGGAUGCCACUGAAUAAUCCCGAGGCUCUUUUGUCGUGGGCUGUCGGUGCCCAAAAGGUAUAUGCCGAUUACCUGAGUGCCUGGAGACUCGGGUUUCAGGAUGUUGUCGUCAACCUAGCACCUCCUGACCCAGAAGACGCACUCAAAGCAGAAACCCAGAGUCUAUGCGCGGGUAUGGCGCAAGAUGAGAAUGGCGACGUGAUCAAUGGCGAUGGGGAGAGGGUAGACGUUGCCUUCUUACUAAAACGACCUCUGGUCAGGUUGAAAUAUCUCUCAAAGACGUUUAAGGGACUUAAUUAUGUCCAGCCAUCACCCAAGGCGGAGGAAGUGGCAGGCACUUACCAGUCACUGGUCACCGAUGCUCGACGAAGAGCAAACGAGGAACGUUCCAGGCUCGAGGACGAUGCUGCGGCUAGCAUUGAUGCAACUAGAGCGCGUAGCCUACAUACUUUGGGAGUCCUUAAAGAUGUGGACGUUAACCAGGCCAGGAGAGUGCGUGCCCGCGACUAUUUCGAUCUCUCCUUGCUUCAUUCUACUGGCCAACAAAUCGACUGUCGAGCCGAGUUAUUGCUACGAGAUAACCCUCCCGGUGAAGCCCCUGGCGGUGACCUCUUCAUCUGUGAAAUCGAUGAAACAGAUCGUUGGCUCCUCUUCCCUCCAAUUGACUGUACUUGCAUUUCAGCCAGGAAUGGAGAUGGUGAAGGCGAGAUUGUGCUCAUGGUUCGCGAGCAGACGGGGAAUUCAACUGAAUGGUAUGAGCUGCUGUCAUUGACGACGGACGAUGAGCAGAUAGGGUUUGAAUGGGUGCAAAUGAUCGGUCUCAACCCGGUUCCUCCAAAGAUAAACAGGUCUCUCAGCUUCGUUAACCGUGCUAAGGAUAGAAAGGAGAGACUCGCACUCGCACGCCAGGGAGAAGAUGGCGAUGCCAUCAGUGUCCCAGAUUAUAACGCCUCCGAGGUUGAUGUCCCAAUUGGAGAAAAGGCGACAGUGGCUGGCGAAGAUCUCAAACAUGACAGAGAUACGGCGAAUCGCGGCCAUACCGAAGCGCAUGCAGUAGCUUCUCCGUCAACUCCCUCCCGCAUCCUUAAACUGGAUACACCAAGAAGCUUGAAUGAGGCUAUGGACUUGGCAGGCAGUGUGUCACCGUCAACCUUGAAGAGAUCCAAGGCCAAACGUCGAUCCAAGUAUGACUACGGUGGCUCCCCUAUCAGCCCUACUUCCUCCGGAGUCCAAACUCCAGACAAAGAGUUUCCCCGGCCACCCUCACCUUUGCUCUCUAGAGGUGGCUCAGACGUACGUGGCCGUGAUAGGACUCCCUCGCCAACGACUCCAACAUCAAGCGGGUAUAAACAAACGAAACGCCCAAUUGCAGCGCUAGUACAGCCUCAUGGGCGUCGUUCCCUAUCACCUGUCCCUUCACUGGAAUUUCCGAUGAUCCCCAAACUUAGGAAGGGUUCUUCUCCUAAGCCUUCACCACCGCCGUCUCCUAAGAGUAUACCUCUCCCAGCUUCUCCAGUGCAAAAAACAAGCGAGGACAAGGCGAAGCAAAGUCCAGUCGUAAAGAGCAAAAAAUCUUCAGAGAAAGCUGAGAAAUCAGGAACUCAUAAUGACGACCAAAUGUUUACUGAAGACGUUCCUUCGCCGCCUCCACAUCGCACCCCUAGCCCAGCAGGAUCGAAACGGCAUAAGGACCCCAUUAUUAGCCCUCCAGCACCGCAGUAUGCACGACAUCGACGAACUUCUUCCCCACUCAAGCAUGAGUACGCGCCUUCUACCGCCUCAGAGUCGUCUGGCUCAGAUACAAGUUCUAUUCAACGCUAUGAUAUUGAAUCAUCUUCCGAUACAUCAUCGGAUGAAGAGUUGGAGGAUGAUGAUAUGCCCACUCCCUUACGGCCCGUUCCCUCAAUCCGCGCCCCUAAACGGACGUAUGACCCUGAAUCAGCCGACAAUAGACCCGCUACAGCAGAGACAGUUAGUCCACCAGAGUCUGCAUACCGAUCCCCACCAAAAUCUAUCCAUAGUUCGCCGCAAAGGCCUUCUAAAACUAUUGCCUCAAUAUUUUACUGGCACGACAAGGGAUCUUGGGAGCCGCUUCAUCUCGAUGAAUGCAAUAUAAUCGUAACUCCUGGGCUCAUUGAAGCAUUCGAGAUGGUCCCUGGCCACUCGCGACCAACUAGUCGAGACGAUGGAUCAGGCACUGAUUCCAAUGAAAUAUCACGCCAACCAUUGAUUGCCCUAGAACUAACUCCCCUUGUGCCAAUUCGGCGUGGAACGGCUCUCGACAUAAGUAUCCGAUCACCUCCAACUCCACAGUCAAAAAUCUCAUCUGGCAGCAACAUCAUGUUCCGAUCCCGUAAUCCUGACGAAUGCGAAAAACUCUACGGCCUCAUCAACUACUCUCGUAUCAACAAUCCCACAUAUAUUGCGUUACAAAAUGCCCAUGGGCCUCAGCAUACUCCACUUUCGCGCCACAAUUCCACGCGAUCAAACAAAGGCGGCGGUUGGUUUAGCUGGUACGGCGGAUUCUCGAAGAGCAGUUACCGUGCUUCCACCGCACCGCCUGCUUCUUUAGCAGGUGGGACAGACAGCAGUGUUGGGACAAUGUCUAGCGCAUUCUCUGCACUUAAAAGAUUCGGCGGCGGUAGUAAAAUGUUCAGUAUCGCGAGAUCAACCCUUACCUCCCGAAAUGGUAGUCGUGAUGCCACCAGCCUAUAUACUACGUCAACAGGAUCAGGGUCAGGACAACGUUUCCCUUCAACGAACCCCGAGACAGCAAAUAUAGCAGCAGAAGGCGGCAUUGGUCUGGCAAACGCGAAGAUACGCAUCUAUGCUCGAGAGUCAGCGGCCAAAUGGCGUGAUCUAGGAGCUGCAAGACUUACUAUUAUGCCUGCCGACCCUGCAUCCUCAAAUACUCCACCAAGACACCAGGAUGACCAAGGGAAUAGCGGUACUUCAACUCCCGCGUCUGGUGAUGCUUCAAGCGCGGAUACCGUAGGCCCUCCACGCACGCCUCCAUCCGCUGCUAGACCUGGUGCACGAGGCAAGGAUGAAAAGCGCAUUCUCGUUCGAAGCAAGGCGAGUGGCGAGACACUAGUUGAUGCAUGUCUGGGUGAGAGUAGCUUCGAACGAGUUGCUAGAACAGGUAUUGCUGUCUCCAUCUGGGAAGAGUUUGAGGGCAUUGCAAAGGAGGGCGGUGUUGUUGGUGGGAGUUUCAAGGUGUACAUGAUUCAGAUGAAGAGCGAGGCGGAGGCGGCAUAUACCUUCGGACUCGUUGGCAAGUUGAGAUAUUGA